AAUCUACAUUUGAAGAGAAGAGCUUCCCAGGGACCCUCAUUUCUGUGCUUUCCAUUAAAGUGGUCCUGGCAAAGGGAAUUCCACCGGGCGCGUGGCCGACUUGAGAUGGUGCGGCUGUCGGAGCGCUCCCUGCGGCAGGAGAAGGAGUUCAUUCUAGAUGGGGUGGCGUUGAGCUCCAUUGCCAGCUCCUACGAACGCACCUUGCCCAAGCUCUGGUCUGCUCUACCUCCUUAUAACGCACAGCUGGACGUUCACGCCCGUUCCUACUUCCAAUCUCCUGUGGUCCAGUCCGUGUUGCGAAAAACGGACCAGCCGGUGACUUGUUUACCCAGUAAAAGAUGCCACCCCUGGCAGAGAGGGAAAGGCCUGGGAAUCCAAGCAGAAGAACUUGCUCAGCACAUCCAGGAGGAGCCACAGAAGGACACCAAGAGAAUGAAUGGAGGACAUCAAGGUUCUGAAGCCAGGGGUUUGAAUUGCUUUGGCCACGUCUGUAGUUGUGUUCUUCUCUACUAGAAAAAAUCGGUAUCAGAAGGGGACCAUCUACAUUAGAUCUUCAAAUGUGGAUGUGAGGGCUAUCCCAGAGGAGAUGCUUUUAUCUUUGUCCUUACUGUAUUCCUUCAAUAAAA